AGUGCAUGCAUUGAAAUGAUUGGUGUUGUACCACAUCGAUGUCGUCGUGCUGCAGUUCCUACACUGACCCAUUGGACAGGAUGGACGGUCAGGAUAACGUGCAACCCAAGAUUGAUCGAUAUAUUGGCGUCGCCAAAUCCUUCCGCCGAUGGCCUGGUAAUAAUCUCCCAAAGACGUUAUACACCAAAGAUCCCCGUACCAACAUCCUCAUCCCUUCCGACGUCGCGUUUCAGCAUGAUGUAUUUGAGGAAGAACAAAGCCUGUUACGUGGAUUUAACAAACAUCAGUUGAAGCGUCGAACCAACAAGCCGAAACACCGUGAGCUUGAUAUCCGUAAUCCGCAAGAUGGAGCGCUUGAGCCAUUACGAAAUGGCGCCGGAAGGCCGUUGAUCCCCAUCCAACACCUUGAUGACCCUGGAACGACCAUCUCAAUGACAUCAGCCUCUCCUUCGUCGCCCGCUUCCACGUUGGGAUUUGGCCCCACCCUGCCUCCCAGUGAUCCUACGACGAGUGUAGUCGGUAUUUCCGUGGCGUGUAUCUUCGUGGGCUCUGUUAUCAUCAUCCUGUCUAUCUGGGCCAUCUACAGACGUCAGACGAGCCCUACCACAGCCGUCCCAGCCUCUCCCGGGCCGAUUCAGAAGGAGCACGACGUCGAACGAGGACAAUACUCUGAAUUCGAUCCAGAAACACCUACUGCCCCCGGGCGAACGGCCAGUAUCCCUCGGGGGACACCUCGCAUGUCGGCAUUCUCCCACUUGGUCACCAUUUCAAUGUUCAAGCCAAAUUGGGGGCAUCACUCCAGUAACCUUCAGACUCCCAAACAAGAGCUGUUGCCUCAGCGUCGGUCCGGAUUCGUCCACCUAGCCAGUCCGGAUCAAGCUGUUUUGAGUCCAUACUCUUCUCCUGUUGCCAUGUUUGAAUAUUCGUCUCCGGAUCAGACGGUCUCACCAGCUCGAUCAAUUACUUGGCAAGCGAGCAUAGAACCUGAUACACCUGGCCGAAGAGUCCACUUCAGCCCACGUUCGCCAGUUGCGUCCUUGCAGUCUGUGGCCAUUUUGGAAAUGAUAGAGGAGGAGGAGGAUUCUAAUCCUUCCUCUGCUGAGUCGUCGUCCACCAUUGUUGAAGCUUCACGGCAGAGGACUCGACCAUUCUCCUCGGAUACCAUCAUGAGCAGCGUUACGCGAUCAUCAGCGUACACAACAGCUUCAGCCCGAUCAUCUGUAUCCGAUCUCGCGACGCUUUCGACCAUCUCCUGCCUGUCAUCCUUCCCAGAAACGCCUAGAACGUCUACCGAUAUCCAGAUGGACCAAAGUAGCCCAAGUAAAGAGGAGUGCAGGCCCGAACGCCGCGGUCGAAGUAGGAGUCAGAUCUUGGCAAGCGUUAAGCACGUCGGUCUCCGCACUGCAGUCGGCAAAACCAUGUCAUUGCAACCCACAAGGCAGGAGCUGGAAGCAUUAGAGAAGAUUCAGAUGGAUGAUAAUCGGGAAGUCUUGGAGGCUUUGAGGGCCUUGAAAGCCUUGGAAGAUCUGGACGAGAUGGAAGGUUCUAGCAAGCCCCGGGAUCCAGUGGUGGUUGAGCAUGUCGAGGAGCCUCUCAAGUCUGCGCUGGCAGAGAUGUCAGCCAACGCUGGAUCAUCGCUAGGUCGCGCUAACACCGUGCCCGCCAAGAUCUUCUCGCGCAUUCUGGCCGAAGAAUGUAGACCUGUUAGACCAUCCGAAGUUUUGCAAGGGGCUCGUUUCGGCCAAGGACUUCGGAUACACAGCUUAGAUGACAUCCCACGAUUCGAUCAGACUUUCCCGAUCUCGCCGAUCGAAUCAGAAGAAACCGAAUACAGGAUGGAUCUUGGAAUUCCCACGGUGGACGAGACAAAUUCGCCUAUCACUGGUUGGUGUGAGAAUGACACGGAAGCCUACUAUGUCGGGGACGAUGGCAACUUUGAGUUCGGGUAUCUUGAGGACGAGGAUGUUUUGUCGAGCCCAACUCUGCCUCAUAUCAGGGUGACCAGUCAUUGAUGAAGGUAAUGAGCAACAUGGGCAAAUCAGAGAG